AUGAAGGUAGAAGAUAGAAAAAUGGCGGUGAAGCGAGAGCAGAGCCACUCCAAUGAGGAUGAGGAAAACAACGAGGAGGACCUGAACUGGUGGGAGCAGGAAAACCUCCGUAUUGCCAUGAAGGGUGAGCGUCGCUGGGAGACGCUGAGCCAUAACGGGGUCCUUUUUCCGCCCGAGUACGAGCCCCACGGUAUCUCCAUCUUCUACGAUGGACGCGAGUUCAAGAUGACGCCGGAGGAGGAGGAGGUGGCGACAAUGUUUGCCGUGAUGAAGGAGCACGACUACUACCGCAUGGAGGCGUUCCGGCGCAACUUCUUCGAAAGCUGGCGCGAGAUUCUGGACAAGCGGCAGCACCCCAUCCGUCGCCUGGAACUGUGCGACUUCGAGCCCAUCUAUCAGUGGUACCUCGCCGAGCGGGAAAAGAAGCUCAACCGGACGAAAGAAGAGAAGAAAUCCAUCAAGGAGAAGCAGGACAUGGAUGCUGAGCCGUACCGCUACUGCAUGUGGGACGGACGUCGCGAGCAGGUGGCGAAUUUCCGCGUUGAGCCACCGGGCCUGUUUCGUGGGCGCGGCAAGCACCCGCUGAUGGGCAAACUGAAGGCGCGCGUGCAGCCGGAGGGCAUUACAAUCAAUAUUGGCGAGACAGCCGAGGUGCCGGUGCCACCUGCAGGACACAAAUGGGGUGCUGUGCAGCACGACCAUACCGUGACAUGGCUUGCCAUGUGGCGUGACAGCGUGGUUGGUAACGCAAAGUACGUGAUGCUCGCCGCGUCUUCCAGCGUCAAGGGACAGUCUGACAUGAUGAAGUUUGAGAAGGCGCGCAAGCUCAAGGACAAAGUGGAUGACAUUCGAGCAUCCUACAUGGAGGACUUCAAGUCUAACGAUGUGCACGUGGCGCAGCGGGCUGUCGCCAUGUACUUCAUUGACCGUCUUGCCCUCCGUGUGGGUAAUGAGAAGGGCGAGGAUGAGGCGGACACGGUGGGUUGCUGCUCGCUGCGUGUGGAACACAUUCAGCUGAUGUCGGACAACAUCGUGCGGUUCGACUUUCUGGGUAAGGACUCGAUCCGUUACCAGAACGACGUCGCCGUUCUCCCAGAGGUGUACGCGCUGCUGCAGCGCUUUACUCGUCGUAAGUCGCCGGGCACGGACAUCUUUGAUCAACUCAACCCGACGCAGCUGAACGAUCACCUCAAGUCCUUCAUGAACGGCCUCUCUGCCAAGGUGUUCCGUACCUACAAUGCCUCCAUCACCCUCGAUAGGUGGUUCAAGGAAAAACCUGUCGACUCUAAGUGGUCUAUCGCGGACAAGCUGGCCUACUUCAACAAGGCUAAUACCGAGGUGGCGAUUUUGUGCAACCAUCAAAAAGCCAUCUCGAAGAACUUCAAGCUGCAGAUGAUGCAGCUGACCACCAAGUCUGAGUACACUCGCAAGAUGAUUGAGCUACUGGAGAAGGCGGAGGUGACUGCCAAGAAAAAGUCGGUCGAGGAGGCCGCAAAAGAGUUUCUGGAAGAGCAGGACCGCAUGCAGCGUGAGUGGCUUGCGAGCUACGGCACGGAGGAGCAGAAGAAGGAGUUUGAGGAAAUCGUGGCGAAGCGUACGGCACUGUGCGUGCGCUCUGGCAAGAAGACAUCCUCAUCGGGCACCAAGAAGGCCAAGUCUGCAUCUCGCAAGAAGAAGGCUGGUAAGAAGAAGACGAAGGCUGCCAAGAAGAGUUCGAAGGGUUCGAGCAAGAAGGCAAGCAGUAAGUCGUCUAAGAAGACGCCAAAGAAGUCGAAGCAGGAAGACGAGGACGAUAUGCCGCUCACGAUUAUGGCAGCCAAGACGAAGAAGACAGCUGGUGUCAAGCGGCACCGCGCCGCCAAGGAGGCGGCCAGCGACGACGAUGACGUGCCUCUCGCAGCUCUGAGGGUGUAG